AUGAGUGGAAUCACACAAGCUGAAAGACAGAAAUAUGCCGAAAUUUUUCAAGCAAGAGGCCAAGUAAAUGGUUACAUGUCUGGUGCUACUGCUCGUGAUGUUCUUCUGAACUCCAAUUUACCUCCUAACCGCUUAGAGCGCAUCUGGGAUCUUUCUGAUAUUGAUAAAGAUGGUAAUCUUGAUUUCGAAGAGUUUUGUGUUGCCAUGCAUCUUACAUUUGAUUGUAUCAAUGGCAAUGAAGCGCCCAUCUCACUUCCUCCUUCUCUCAUUCCCGCUAACAAGGUUCAUCUCUUACCUCAACAGACUAGCUAUCAACAAGCCCAACCAACAGGAUACGGAGGUUACCAACAGAGCCCAGCCACUGGCUUCCAACAAGCCCAACCUACGGGCUAUCAACAAACCCAACCCACUGGUUAUCAACAGGCUCAACCCACUGGCUACCAGCAAUCUCAACCAACUGGGUUUCAACAACAACAAUAUACUGGUUAUCCACCACAGCAACCACAAGAGCCUGAAUUCAGUUGGGACAUGACCUCAGAUGAAAUGACAUCAUACCAAAAUAUUUAUGCUAAAUAUGCCAAUGAUAGUGGAAAAGUCAAAUUCAGUCAAAUGGAUGACUUCUACAAUACAUUGGGCCUUCCUCGUACAGAUUUAACGAACGCAUGGACCCUUAUUGAUGUGAAUCAUACCAACGCACUUACACAAGAUCAAUGCUUAAUGCUUUACCAUGUAUUAAACCAACGUACUCGCGGUGUGCGUAUUCCUAAAGAACUUCCACCAGAUCUUCAUGCAGCAUUCGCUGGAGAAUAUGCAGCAGAUUUCGGAGAACGCCCUGGCGCAGGUACAGGAGCGCGUAAAGGCACUAACCAAUCUAUGUCAAACAGUGCCAAACUAGCAGACAGUUAUGUGAAUCGUUUAGGUGCUGCUAGUACAGCUUUAGGAUCUAAGGGCACUCAAGGCGCUAACAAGUAUGACGAAGAAGAUAUGCUUAAAAGAGAAUUGCAAGAAUUAAAAGAUCGUGUCAAAGAAGCAGAAAAGAAGGCGGCAGAAGCAAAGCAAAGUGAUAAUUACGAAUCGUUUGCCGCCCGUCCUCUUCGUGAUCAAUUCCAAGCUCUUUAUGACUAUAAACUUCGUCAAUUAACGGAUCAAUCUGAUAUUGAGGACAAGGUUCGUAAGCAAGAACGUGAUAUUGAUGCAGCUCGUGAUGCCGUGCGUCGUCUUAACCGAAUUGUCGAUGAUGUUCGUUCCAAGAAGCGUGAAUUAGAGAAUUUAUUGGAAGAAAGAAGAUUAGAAGUCCAAAAGACUUUACGUGCGUCUGAAUAA